ACUGUCUGCGCGCAUUACACCGGCUUGGAUGAUGCGGAUACCGGAGAGGUAUCUUUGUUAUUAUCAUUUAAAUGUGGCGGUCGGAAAUGGUCGGUGACACCCUGAUUUGGUGUUGAAUCAUCGGAGGGACUGCGAGGCAACACAGGGAUUUCACACCGAGCUGGUUUGGACGUCUGGAGAUGAGUGCGGGGCACCGGAUGUGCCUGCAUGAUGCCACCACGUGUCUAGGCCCUCCCUAAUCCUGCUGCGGCGACACAGAGGAUCCCCCUCAGUCCCAGGACACAUCACCGCCACACAUUUUGAUCUUUGACUGAUCUCGAUCUUCCUCUGUAGCUAUCAGCCGCUGAUCAGUCCUAACCCACUCUCUAUAUUCAGGCUUUCCUUUUCCAGACUCUCGCUUUACACCAGGAUUACCUAUUGAUUUGAUGCUGAAUCCUGAUGCACCAGCUGAGUCUACUGUAGACCUCUGACUGCAACAUCAAAACCCACUCACAUUCAAAUGUGACAACAGGUUUCCUGACUCUCCUCAUUCCUCUCCUCUCUGGGUUUUUUCACUCUCUUGGUUGGAAGCCAAAGCCAUAUAUUGUCUGUUCUUGAGAAAACUCCUUGUUAUGAGCUGGCUGUGAGACCAUAGACACAGAAAGCUACGACUGUUCUUUCUUUGUUCAGCUUAUGUACAGUACAGUAGAACUGAGCAUGGGCAUGAAAAUUUUCCUCAUGGGCAAGUUUUAAUGUAAAAGGUUGGAGGCGGCAAUACAGAAAGGACUGUUGUGUCCUGAGACUGAAAAGUUUAGCGCUGUAGACUCUUUCUGUCAUCACCACUUCCCCUAAGCUGCCCAGUCCGGAGCAGCGUGCUUUCCAGAUGCUGCCAUGCCCAUCAUCAGCAACGCCAACCAUGACUUCAGCAAUCUGUCCCUCAGUGAUGACAGCAGCCUCGACCGCAUCUUCACUGAGAUCCCUGAAACUGAGACCAUCAAGGGUGUGUACUACCAGAGGGCUCAGUUCAUCCGUCGGCCAGAGGACCUGGUGUCCGUCGACCAUGGCAUGCUAGCAGUGAUCAACGUCGGGGGGAACCGCUACACCUUCCCCUGGAGCACCCUAGAGCAAUUCCCCCUCACCCGACUUGGCCGACUCUGUGGCUGCCGGUCACCUGAGGACAUCGCCAGGGUCUGCGACGAUUAUGACGAAGCCCGCAAGGAGUUCUUCUUUGACCGCUCGCCGUCCGCCUUCAGAGUCAUCCUCAACUUCCUGGCUGCGGGGAAACUGCGUCUGCUGAGGGAAAUGUGCGUCCUUUCCCUGCAUGAUGAACUGGCCUACUGGGGUGUGGAGAUGGCAUACAUGGAGCGCUGCUGCAAGAGGAAGAUGUACACACGCAUUGAGGAGGUGCAUGAACAGGAGCGGCGUGAGGAGGAGCGCAGGCAGAGAAACGCCAUGCAGCGUGUGCCGGUGGAGGAAACAAGGUACCGUAAGGUGAUGAACUGGCUGAGAGAUAUGGUGGAGAAUCCGCAAUCUGGCUUACCGGGGAAGAUCUUCGCCUGCUUGUCAGUGAUCAUGGUUGCGGUGACUGUCGUGAGCUUGUGUAUCAGUACCAUGCCAGACCUUAGAGAGGAAGAGGACAGGGGUGAAUGUUCCUCCAAGUGCUACAACAUGUUCAUCAUAGAGACGGUGUGUGUAGCCUGGUUCUCCCUGGAGUUCAUCCUGCGGUUCAUUCAGGCCCGCAGCAAGCUGGACUUCCUCCGUGGGCCACUCAACAUCAUCGACGCCAUGGCCAUCCUUCCCUACUACGUCUCCCUGGUGGUGAAAGAGGAAGACCCAGCCCUGGAGCACGAGAGGCCAGGAGGAGGUAAGGGCUACUUGGACAAGCUGGGCCUGGUGUUGAGGAUCCUGCGGGCGCUGAGGAUUCUCUACGUGAUGCGGCUGGCUCGCCACUCUCUUGGCCUGCAGACGCUCGGGCUGACGGUCAGACGCAGCACCCGGGAGUUCGGCCUCCUUCUGCUUUUCCUCUGCGUGGCUGUCACCCUCUUCUCCCCGCUGGUCCACUUGGCUGAGAGUGAGCUCACGGGUGCCCAUGACUUCAGCAGCAUCCCUGCCUCCUACUGGUGGGCCAUUAUCUCCAUGACGACGGUAGGCUACGGCGACAUGGUGCCACGGUCCAUUCCAGGACAGGUUGUAGCACUGAGCAGCAUCCUCAGUGGGAUCCUCAUCAUGGCCUUCCCUGCUACAUCCAUCUUCCACAUGUUCUCCCGCUCCUACCAAGAGCUCAAGAUGGAGCAUGACCGAUUGUUCAAAGAGGAGUGUGCUGCCGCUGCUGCUGCCGCUGCCACCGGGGAGCUGCAGGAGGCGGGAAGUGAAGGAGGAGGGUUCGACUCAGCUCCAACUGGACUGGGAUUACGUCUAGACAAGGAUAGUGUGCACUCACUGGAGUCUCUGGCUCUGCUGGGGAAAGGCGGUGAAGCUGCAGGAAAUAAUAACCACAGCCUUCCAGCAGCAGCUUUCUGAACAGUACUCGCGAUGAUUGACUCAGUCCAAAAACUUCCAAGAACAUAUGAGUCUGUUAAUCUCUGUCUUGCUGUAAAAGUACUGUAAAAGUACUGCCAAUGACUGUUGCUCCAAUAGUCUCACUCCCCACAUGGUUGUGAAGCAUCUGUGUUGCAUUGGAUCAAAGGAGAUUAAACAAACAUUUCCUUUGCUCUUCAGUCUGAUGAUAAGGAGCACAAGUGUGCACACUGCUGACUGCACAGAAACUGACAGACUUUAAACCCUUUAAAUUGGACGGUCCAGUUUGUUUGACGGGCCAGAAAGCCACUGCAGCAAUAUUAGUAUAUACGGCUGCUUCCAUAAACAUGCAAUAUUCAGUCCAAAGUUGCUUUUCCUUCCACUGUGAAAAUACUUACAAGUCCAACUGCAACUUUUAGUUUUUCAAGAAUUUAAAGAUGUGCUCCUCUCUUACUUUAAUUCUGAGAAGCUUGAAGCCAUGUUCUGAGAAGAAAUAUAAACAAACUGAUAGUUUUGGCUCAUAUAAGAUGUAUAUCCAUCUCUCUCUCAUGUAUGUUUGUAUGCUUGGACUCAAAGAGGUGACUGUGUCUCCAUUCUCUACUAUGAACUCCAGGUAAACUGAGUGAAGAUGUUGCAGAAGUUAUGGUCCAAACUGUUUUUUUUUAAUCAGCUGAUGAAGAAAUGAAAGGAUGGAGAGAAAGACAGCAUGCUUGCAAGUGUAUGAGUGAAAGAGAA